UUGAAACUGAAUCGAAGUUGGCGCAAUUCAUUAUUUAGUGACCGAAAGUGUUUCACCAAAAUUUCCAUUUGUUGUUCAUAAGCCAAUGGAGCCAAUAAAAAUUUAUCCCACUGCAGAAGAAUUGUCAACAGUGGCGACGCUUUUGUACUGCACAGAGGAAGGAUGUACAAAGUUGUUUAAGUCCCAGUCAAACUUGAACUUACAUCUAGCCAAAAGCCACAAGAUCAAGCAUUGUGUAAAUGGCUUACUGAAGAAACCAAAUAUUCUGAAGGAAUUCUAUUGCCCAGACAAGGAAUGCAUGAUACUUGGUAAACAUUUUAAAACUUCCAAGUUACUUAAGCAGCAUUUCCAGAAAGUGCAUGUUCAGAAAUCAUUCAUCUGUGAAAAGUGCGAUAAGGCUUUUGUAUCAAAUAAUCACAAAGCAACACAUCUGGAGUAUUGCGGCACUAAAUUUGUUUGCAAAUUAUGCUCAUCAAGCUAUGAUAAUUAUGACUCAUUGUUGGCCCAUGGUAGAAGAAAGAAACAUAAAAUUCCACUUAAAACAGCAUACAAAGAUCCAGAAUUUAUCACAGCUCCCUGUAUAAAGUCAGAGAUCACAAAAAAAAUUGUCAUUUUGAUGCCUAAACAUAAGCAUAUCCAGAAAGCUGACCAAAGUAGCCAAACAGAUUUGACAGAAGAUCAAGGAGAGCCCAAGUGCAAAUCUAGAAAAACAUCUGAAACACAGACUUCCAAAAAGCACAAUCAACAGAGACUAAGUGCAGGCACUCAGACAACUGUUGAUUACAUGUCAAUGAAAUUAGUUGAUGAUCUGUCAAGCAGUAGCUCCUCAGAGAGUUUGAACAAGAAAAGUACAAAUACCCAGACUGCUACAGUGCAGUUAACUACAAAGUCUUGCAAUACUUCAUUGGAUUGGAACAGCUUCCCAUCAGCACAAACUAAUGAAGUUGAAACAAUGACACUGGGAACCCAGACAGUGAUAAUGUUGCCAAAUUUGAAUAAUGUUCAAAAGAAUUAUGAUCCGCUUCCUGGCUCCAGUGCAGAGAAUUUGUUUGAAUUCAAUGAUAUUAGCAGUCAGACGAGUUUUAAUGAGAAUUUAGAUUUCGAUUCCAACAGUUUCUUCAAUUGCGAUAUAGAAACGCAGACUGACUUUAAUUCAUUGGAAUUGGACCUUCUCGCAACAGACUUUUAUACAAAUAUGUAUACUCAGACUUGCGGUUUGCAAGUCAACAAUAACAUCGAAACGCAGACAGUCGUUGACGACACACUGAGAUCUGUUGGUAGUCAGACGACAGUUUCGACAAAUACUGGGUUAUUGACGAUGUGCCGAGACACGGUCCACAUCGAAACCCAAACUGAUAAUGCAUUCAAGCAGAUGCUUGAAGAAAUCAAUGCUUGACUAUAAAGAGCCUUUUUAGUUUGGGUUUUAUUCGGU